AUGAGAGUCUCCGUCCUGCUCUCGACCUGCAGUCUGGCCGUCCUGGCCGCUGCCGCUCCUGUCGGCGACAAGAACGCCGCCCGGGCGGAGGCUGCCGACUACAUCUACCCGAUUCCACCUUCCGUCGCCCCUGAGAAGCGGGCCAAGGCCGCCGACUACAUCUACCCCAUCCCCGCUUCUGACACCCCCGAGAAGAGAGCCGAGGCUGCGGACUACAUUUACCCCAUCCCUCCCUCUGUUUCUCCUGAGAAGCGCGCCAAGGCGGCUGACUAUAUCUACCCGAUCCCCGCUUCUGACGCUCCCGAGAAGCGAGCUCAGGCCGCCGACUACAUCUACCCGAUCCCGGCUUCUGACACUCCUGAGGAGAAGUAG